AGGAGCCAUGAAGUCCUUAUUAUUGACCCUUGUGAUUUUUUUCCUCUUGGCCCAGUUGGUCUCAGGUAAUUUCUUUUUGAGAAAGUGUGGCAAGAAAAUGGGAUAUUGCAGGAAGAAAUGCAAAAAUGGAGAGAUUCACAUAGAUUAUUUGAAAUGGAAAUGUUACAGACAUAAGGUGUGCUGUGUCCCGGCUAUUUACAAGAUUACACCCUUAAGUGCCAGUAAUAAAAUCUCUGUGCAGACUGUUAAGAACCAAGAACUAUCAACUACUAAGAAACUACAAACUACGCUAAUGGUGAUCACUGCUUCUACUAUUUGAGCAUUUCAGCCUCUGUGUCCUGAUAGGAUUCCUGAUUCAUUAAAGCCAAGGCCUUA